CCAAGUCAUCAUCUCUCAUCUCCUUCCCUCGCCGUUCCUCCCCUGCCUCGUCGUCCUUCCUCUUCCACUUCCGGCGGCCGCGCCGGGUCGGCACCACUCUUCCCUGUCUCGUCGAUUAGUUUGAAGUGGAAGACGCGAGGUUUUGAAGAUGCCGAAGGCCACGAGUGAUGCAAGGCUUCUGAUCCAGUCCCUCAGCAGGGCUUAUGCUGCCACACCAACAAAUCUUAAGAUUAUUGACCUGUAUGUGGUUUUCGCUGUUGCGACUGCCCUAAUUCAGGUUGCUUACAUGGGAAUAGUGGGGUCAUUUCCCUUCAACUCUUUCCUCUCAGGUGUCCUUUCAUGCAUAGGAACUGCAGUACUUGCUGUUUGCCUCCGUAUUCAAGUCAACAAAGACAACAAGGAAUUUAAGGAUCUUCCCCCAGAAAGGGCUUUUGCUGAUUUUGUUAUGUGCAAUCUGGUGCUCCACCUGGUGAUCAUGAACUUCCUUGGAUAAGCAAUUGCUCUACAGGUGGUUAAUAUUUUGUAGCCCCAGAUUGUGGUCAGUCAUCCCGUCAUAAUUUAUGGAACUGUCGUAAUGUCAUAUACUCAGUAUGAUCUCUCACAAAUUACCUAUGUAAGCCUAGAAUUUUUUCCAGGAACACAUUAGUCCAAUGGUGGAUCCAGUGUUGACAAUGUAAUACUAUGAGCACUUGCUUAAUUCGAGGAAGUGAAAAAGUCUAAAUUACUUUAA